AUGGGAAAGGAAACCAUCAGUAAUAUGGGCGCCCUCAAAAAAAAGCAGAAGCUUGACGAGGAGUUGCUCGAAAUAAUUAUCUAUAACAUAUUAUCGCUAACCAUUGUCAACGGCGAAUUAAGUAAAACCUCCGCGAAAAAUAAAGUAAUCGAUUCAAUCAUUGUAAAAAAUGUCGAUUACAUUCUGAACAACUGUUUUUUCCUCUCCUUGGGGAACAUUCAAAAAUUGCUUUUCGUGAUUGACUUGAUAUUGAACGAUGAGGGUGUGUAUUACCAAUUUGGCAAAGUCUGCCAAAGGGAAAAUAAAGGAACUGCGAAAAAUGCGGAAAUUGUGAAAAUUGGGGAAGCCUCGAUCUGCAGAAGUAACCCAGUUGGUGCAGCUGGGGUGGGCACCAUGGAGAAUCGUAUCGCACGUGCCCCUGCAAACGAUGGCCCGAACGGAAAAGCCGAUUUCCAUAAAAUGCAAAAAUGUACAAGGAAAGAGGAGCGGGUAAAUAGAACAGACGGUACACACUUUACCGAUAGGUAUAGCCUGAACAACUAUAUUAAGGACAUUUUCCUGUACAUAGAAGAAAAAAACAUCUACCUUAGUUUAUUUCAUUUUAAUUAUAUAUUUAAAGAUAGUGCAGAUUACCAGCAGUUUUUUCUGCGAAGGUAUCAAAGUUACACGUUCGAGACGUUCUCCAGGGAGGUUAUGGCGUUAGCAAGGGGAGGAAAUGGGUCCAGGCGGCGAGCAGGGAAACUCACCUUGAAGCGUACCCGCAAAAGCGGCCAUUCUACAGUAAAACGCAUGAACGGAAAGCUAAACAGUAGCUUGCGUGGAAACGAAAGAGGGUUCGCUAAUUUGUUAUAUAUUAAAAAAAAAAAAUACACAAAUUUGUACGAUGCCGUAAUGAAAUAUCACAAGGAAAAUUUCAAUUUGAGGGGAAAAGCGGAUAGUGCUGGCGGAGCAUCGUCCUCAUCUUCCGUAGGGGGUAACACAAGUUCUGUCUCAGCGACCAGUAACGGUACAACCACAACGCGUGGUGUAAAAUGGACUAAUGAAGCAACAUUCAUACCAGACAUGGCUAAGAAAGCAAACGAUGAAAAUACUCAAAAUAGUAACAAUUAUAAAGGCGUGAAUGAAACUGAGGGGAAGAUCAGGGAAUACGUUCUAUAUGACCUUAUAAGUAGAGAAAAAAUAAAAAAAUUAUAUAAAUAUAAAAAGCACAAGUGCAAACUGAUUGAGAAGAAUAAUUUUGUAACAAAAAAAUCGUACAUUCCCAUUAAUUUGUUUCCUAAUAAUAAUUUACACGUAAAUAAUAUAAAGUUUCAAACCCUAUCAUCAAGCAUACGUGUAAAGGUGCACUUGCUUAUUCUGUUCACCAACUUGAUCCUCAUUUUCGAUUUGCUUAAUUCGUCCCUAUACCCAUGGGUGUACAAAUUCAUUUCCUUCCUUCUAAAUGUACUGAACAAUUUUAAUUGUAAAUUUUACUACUACUUGGAUAAUUCAUCACUACUGUCCCAUUUGGAUAAGGAAAAAUUGUUCCUACUUAAUAGGAACACGUGGGAUCACCAUUUUGUAACAAAGGUUAGCGAUGUCAAUCGGGUUAACACAUCCAGUAGUGCAAAUAGCCUAACUGCAAAGGGGUCCUCCAUUUUAAAGAAAUUGGUGCAAAAAAAUGCCAAGAAGGACAACAGAAUUAAUCUAAAUUUCCCCUAUACUAAUUGCGGUUAUAUUGAAAUCUACGAUAAUGACAAAAAGGCCAAUGCGAAGAAACUUUAUUUUCAUCACUUCGUUUCUGUUCAAAUUUUGAAAUACUACUCCGUUUUGUCCCUAUACGAGAUUGAGAAUUUAUACAAAGGCAUUUUAUCCUGCCUGCUCGGAGAUAUAUACAAUAGGACGAUCACCACUAUUUGCACGUUCGCAGGGGGGGAAAACCAAUACUCCGUUUUACCCCCAAGUAGGAACCACACUCACUUUAAAUAUAAGUACUUAAAAAACAACAACGUCGAUUUGUAUAGCUUAAUUGGAGAACUUACCAAACUUAGAUGCAACAAUAGAAGUGAAGAGGUUGUUAUAAAUGCCCUCAAAUAUCUUUAUCUGUUUGUUCUGUUUAAUUAUAUUACAAUUUGGGCGAAUUUUCCCAUCGUUCAUGAGGUUUUUGCGGGAGGAGAAGAAGCACUGUCCUGUGCCGAGGGGGAGGAAGAUAAUCGGGAUAACUACUGCGAUGGAAGGAACACUCAUAUGGAUGGUUGCGAAGAGACCGCCGCUGAUAGGAAAAAUCGGGAGGCUCCACAACGCAGCGACGUGGCCAACAUAACCAACCAAAUUAACUCGUUCGUAAGAGAGAAUCACGUAAGGAUAGAACUGCAAGAAUUUUGCAAAAGCACCCAAGUGUUAGAGGGGGUAAAAACGAAUUUAUAUUUUGGGGGGAGUCUAAUUACAUUGCCGUUUUAUGUCAGUCUGGGGGGGUGUCAGAUGAUAGGCCAAGUUGGGAAAAUGGAAAAAUUGAAUCAGGUCAGGGGUGCUGAAAAUGGAUUCGUUGAUUGGUUCGCUAAUUGGCCCGCUAGUUACCACGAAGAAAUCCCCCAGGGUGAGUACCCCCCCGGGAAAGAAACAACGCAGCAAAAAAAGACGAUCCCCAUCGCGCACAAGUGCAAAAAGAUAAUACAAAAAAGGAUAACAAAAUUGUUAAGUAGUAAUCCCCAUUUGAUAUUCCAUUUUACUUCGUAUGCCUCCCUUUUUGCAAGCACCUUAGCUGAUAUACUAAAAAAGAAUAACUAUUUUCUGUACCAAAAUGAUAGCUACCGUUUUGCUGUCUGCGUCAAUUAUCUUUACAUGCUUUACGAAGAAGUGAAUGAAAGUGUCAUUCGAGAUUUGUAUGACAAAGUUAUCCUAGUUAUAAAAAAUGGGUUCUACACACAUAUUAGUAAAAUAAUCAUAAUAUAUAUUUUUUCCUUUUUUUUAAACAAAAAAUACGUUUUGAAUUUAUGCGAAAGGGACAUAAAUGAGUUCUUUCCUUCUUUUUCCGAUUCGAAGGAUUUAGCAAUUAUCAAGUAUUAUUUUGUUCUGAAAUUUGUGCACUAUAGGCCUAUACCUAUUACGUUGGAGGAGGUACACAGAAAAUUGUAUACCUAUCACAAUUAUGUAGUCGUGGGGGAGGCUACUAAGAAGGGAAAUCCCUGUGGUAGUGAACUACCCCUUUGGAAGGAUCACUCAUUAGGAAAAAUGUCUCCACAAAAAGAUCCAUCAUGCAAGUGCACACAUGAAGUAAGAACUGAAAGCAUCCCAUUCGGAGGAGAACAAUGUAGUAAGCAAGGAAAGAAUGACCCCCUCGGUGCACAAUCACUAUGUUGUAUAAAACAAAUUAGGCAAAACUCACCCUUAAGGGAAAGGUCCAAUUUGGGAUGCACCAAUCUAUGCAAACGUGAUUGUAACACAUGCGGCGAAAAAUUGCAAAAGACGAGGUUGCGCUUGAAGUUUGACCCCAGAGAAAACAUUUCACAGUUGGGCGUGGUUAGCAGAAGGGAAGAAGAAGAAAAAAAUGCUAGUGGGAGAAGUCUGCAGUGUUAUAUAAACUCCCUUUGCAGAAAAAGAGCGAAUGUGAAGUACGCCAAAGGAACCAAACAGAUUGGCAAACUUUCAAAGGAUUGCAUCGAACAUAGCAUGAGUAGUGAAAACCCAUUGGAGGAAGACCACUUCGGGUACCCUUUGCAGGGAAAGAACAAUUCUAUCUAUGAGAAGAAGAUAUACUUUCUUAUAUUCGCGUACCACCUGAUAAAAUGCAGUAGUCAAUCUAGGCAGUCGAAGCAAAGGCUAAAGGUGGAACUGCUUCAUAUGCUAGUAUCCGACAUGAGUUCAAUUCACAUAAUCCAUUUUAUGCUACAUUAUUUGCAUGAGAAAAAAGAUUUGCAAUUAUUCUGCGCUAUCCAAAAUGGGGUGUUAAAUUGCCUAAGGAAAAUGAAGCCAAGUUAUAAGCUCAUCAAUUUUUUGGCCUUCUUUUUUUACCUGGUAAAAAUGAAGUAUACAAAUGUUAAGGCCAUUAUGAAGAUGCUCAGCAAAGUGUUUGCAAAAUAUGAAUUCCAUUUGAAGGUUUAUAUGGUUAUGUUUAAAAUUAUAAAAGUGGUUUUACAGCGUCCUAAAUUUUCGGAUAGCUACCCGUUCAUUCUUUCCAUUUUGAGGCACAUCAAAGAAAGCGACUAUGUGUAUUUACACACCACGUGUAUGUACUACAUAAAUAUAAUUCAAAAUAAAGUUUCCUCCCUAGAGUGCGCUAAUUUGGGAAAGCAGCAUCCACGUUACAGGCGCGAUAUGACCGGGGAAAAUAUGACCCCUAUGGGUGACGAUCCAGAAACGACCCAAAAGAUCAACAGCGUAAACGUAAAAUAUGAAAAAAAAAAUGACACUACCAAUUUUAUUCAAUUAAAAAUUUACAAAUUAGACAGAAGGAAGGUGCUAUCUUUGCAGGAUAACGGAUCGACCAUUUUUUACGCCCAACGUGGUGCAACAGAUCCUGAAGGGGUACAUGUCGACGCAGGUGGCUUCCCCUCCAGCCAUUACUAUAACAGCAAUGAUUUCAACGCGGACUCGUUUUACAGCAUCUACAGGGACGACUCGUAUAGCUUAAAAAAUUAUUGCACCUACAUUGCUAGUACCGAGCAGUGCAUCUACUUUCCGUUCGUUUUGAGGUAUUCACACUUUGUAGAAGCAGCCAAGGGAAGAGGCACAGACGGUGGGAAGAAAAGCGACAUGGAACGCACGAAUAAUACCAGUGUAACACCCACUAAGAUACUCCACAUAACUGCACGUAAGGGAAAGCAAAGAAUGCACAACAAGCGGGGGACAGCACAUGGAGAGCCACCUUAUAACCCAAACGAAACCCUCUUCUGCCUGAACGUCUGCUUCGUGCACAAGGGAGAUUUCGUGAACAUACAUAACGUAUACAUUCCGUACAUACAGUUAGGUCGUGAGGAUCUUCCUAAAAGGUAUCACUGCAAAGAAAAAGAGAAACAUGAUGCACGGGCGGAGGUGGAUCACCCUUAUGAACACACGACGGGAGAAGACGCGUUGUUCAGGAGGCUACCCGGAAGAAGGAAAAUUUUGUCACUGAAAAAAAAAAACUUUUUUAUCGUCCGGUAUAGUGGUGCUCUGUACAGGGGAAAGGUAAAGCACACGAUGAGGAUGCUAAUUAGAGGGUUAAAACGGGGAAGAGAAUCCAUGCAGGAGGAAAACUCCACUUGGCAGUCGAACGGGCACUCCCCAAAGGGUGCAAGAACAAAACAAGGAAGUCGAAAGAGGAAAGGGAAGAAGAAACACAGUGCAGAUAACCAAACACAUGGAACUCAUUUUGCAGACCUAAAAAAAAAACUAAUAAAAAAGGAAGCAUAUAAAAUAAAUUGCAUGUUAAAAGGAAGUUCAUUUUUAAAUGGAGCAAAGUUCCAUGUGGGGGAAAAAGUUAACCCAUGCACAAACGAGACAGUAAAAAAAACGACCAAUUCAUACAGGUUGUUAGUCAAAAUAGGAGUCAAAUUAUUAGUUAGGAGCAAGUUCUAUGCAUAUAUCGUAUACCUAAAUAGGGAAAAAAAAACCUUCAAAAGGUUUUUAGGAAAAUAUAAUUUAAAUUUUGCGGAUUUCUUCCAACCAUUUAGAGCCAGCAUUCAAUUCUGGAAAAAUAUUUUUGAAGAUGUGUGGAAUGGAAAAAUUGGAAAAAUGUAUAAGUCCUCGAAAUAUUUGAACAUGAAAUCGGAUAAGGUUCUCCAAGUGAUUAAGAAAAAGCUACACCCAUUUGUGGUCCAAGAAAAUGUUAAUGUAAAAAAUUGGAAUGUCUAUAAUUUCCCCCAGUAUAAAAUGCACAUAGGGAGAAACUACUGCCUGAAUGAUAAAUAUUAUUAUGCGUAUGGAAAAAAAAACAAAAAAAUUAAUAAUCCCAUUUUUGAUGAAUUUUACAUUGAUAACUAUCCUCUCGGAUCGAGUGAAACGGAUGGGACGACUAACUCGACAAUGAAUCGAAUGGAAGCAUAUGAUCCUAAUGGCAGUUGGACAUCCAGAAAGAAGGAAACACAUUACCUCAGAUACAAACCUAAAUUUAUGAAUAUCCUUUCGCACGAUACUUUAAGUCAUUCUGUCUGUGAUGACCAUGUGGAUGUAGCAACUCUGGAAAAGAGCGAUAAACGAAGCGCAAAAAUGAAUAGUACCAAAAAGUGGAUUCUCCUAAAAAAGCACAAUAAUGGUCAUGCUACAUUUUUUACUCAACGCGUAAGACGUAUACUCCAUCUGAAGGUUAAUAGGAUAAUUGGGGAAAAGGCAAAGUGCGGGAAAAUAACUCAAAAAGGGCACGCUCAGAAUGAUGGCCAUUCAAAAUAUAAAAUAAAUCGUUAUUUAUCGGGGGAAUGGCAAGGGAAGCAACAUAAGACCAGCCCUAGGAGUAGCACAAACCGCGACGUGAUUAAAAAAUUCGUGGGUAUUUUUCUGCCACCAAAGCAUCACCUACUCAUGGUCUUUCACAUCCAUGAGUGGUCCACAGCGGUUCAGAUACGCACUGAUAACUUAAACGCCCUCAACUAUGUGAACCCCUUCUUCGAUGAAUGUACGGUUUCGUGA